UACCCGCCAGUAAUGCCACAUCGGUGGCGCUCACAGCUCAUGGAAGAUAGGAGACUGUCCGAGUGAUUCGAUCGCUCGAAAAUUUUCAUAAAUAAAAAUUUGCAUCGCAAGUGCGAGAAAGGAGAAAGGAGAAUCGUCGAGCCGUGCGAGGAUCCGUAAAACAGCCGUUACCACUGAGAAAAUCCAUCUUUUCGACGCCUCAUUCGACUCGAGUCUCGGGCUGAACUUGAGCGAAGGCAGCGUGUAAAGCAGCAACGGUGAAAAAGUGCGCGCGCACGUGAGCGACGCGUUUCGAAGCUACCCAUCCGUUGGUAAAUCUCCAAAAAUCGAUCCCGACCCUGCGCACGACGUUUCGUCACGUGUCAGACGUUUAACUCCGAUUUCAUCGUGUGUGUACAUAGGAAAAAUUCGACAAUUUUCACUCCAACAUUGAAAUAACGUACUGAAAACAUUUCUCUCGCGAUAACGAUAAUAAUGGAAGAAAUGCCGAGCACCGUGAAUCAAGAAAUUUAACGUAGGCGAGAGAUGGCAACGAUAAAGCAACUUGAAGAGAAGCAGGACACAUGGAUUCUAUCGUAUUUUAGUCAUGAAUAUUUAUCCCGCAAUGAUGUAUCGUAAUGAUGAUUGGAUGAAGAUCCCAGGAAAUUUGAUGGGACCAACGACGAAAAGCGACUCUAUUUUCGUGUGGAAAUGUGAUUUACAACGUCUAGCUGCCUAGAAACGGUCCAGCUGAAUUGGAAUUUGCUCUGUGAUAGCCAGUUUUACCCAACCAAAGAAUUGCUUUAAGGAUCUACGAAGAACCGCAAACUUUAAAGUUUUACCAAAGAAAAGCAAUACGAAGUACCUUAUCGACAGUAGUAAUACUGUAAUUGCUAUCGUUAAUUUAUGAAACAAGCAAUACGUCGAAAGGAACGAAUCUUGUUGCAUCGAAAAUAUUCUUCGAGAAUUUUGAUACUCUCGAAAAAAUCAACUAUUUCGACGAAACAUUGAGAUAUAUCAAGUGAAAUCGUCACGACCGAUCUCCAAAUGAAAUUUCGCAAAUCCUCCUUAUCCAGCCCGAAGAUGGAAUUACUUUCGAGACGUUCCUCGAACGAUAGGAUAUCGACCUUGAAGAGGUCGAGAUCCUUUCGGGCAUCCGUGAAACUGAUGUCGAAGAUACGCAAUCACGCCAACUUGCGAUUGACCACCGGCUUCGACCUGUCGUCUAUCUCGAAAGAUCCCAAGAAGGAACGCAACCUCUAUGUCAUUGAAGAACCUCGGGACUCUGAAAGAUCCUUGAACCUACGGAAGAAGGAUGCGAGUUCCCGCACCGUCGACAAAUCCGGUGAAAACGAGACAUUCUCGAAUCCUCGAAAAAUGUCAGUGUCGUCAAACGAUAUCGAUUCGCGAGAAAUCACCAAGGAUCUGAAGAGCAAAUUAUCCUUGACCGACAAAAUCAUGCGUAAAGGCCGCAAGGACACGGAAAAACCUUCCGCGAAAAACGAGAGCGUAAAAUCACCAAAGGUUAUUCGCAUUUUUCGCAAGAAACGCAGCGUAGAAAAUUCUCAGGACGAUACUCGAGAAAAAAACUGUAGCGUGUCCUGUGAGGAUAUACAUCAAUCGAGUAAAAAUGUAUUUUAUGAGAAUCCAACGUUCGUAUUAGAUACUUCCUUGGACUCCUCCGUUUCGAGCUUUCUUUAUGAAGAGGAAGAAAAGGAGGAAGAGCAACGGCAAGAUAAAAGCGAACGUCCCGUGUCCUGCGAACGUGACAUCUUGACCGUCGUCGUGGAUUCUCAUAAAGCCGCAAUUAACGAGCCAUUCGAUCACAAAAUUAAUUAUGAGCGAGAUGGAUACGACGAUGAAAAGUCUCUUGAAGAGUCACAGAAUGCAUUUCGAUCCAGAUGCGAGACCGAUCCUUUGAGAUGUUUCUGCGAAGGAAGAAACAAGGAUUCCCAAGCGAAUGCAAUAAACGGGACCCGAAGGAUUACUGAAUCCUUCGGCGGAUUUGAUCGUUCGAGGAUUAAAUUUUACAGUAAGGUACACGAGACAACGAGGAAAAAUGCGUCAAACUAUCUACAAGAUCAAAAAUUCUUUGACAAUGUCAAGACCUGUCCUUCGAAAUCUUGCAAAAUCAGGACGGUCGAUAACUUUACCAACUUUUGGGUGAGCAGACGUGGCAAUAGUUUUCGAAGCAAAAUGACGACUGAUAAAAGGGAUGUGAAAGAAACGAAGGAUUACGAGCGGAUCGGUCAGGAGCGAGUUCUCGUGUCGACAUCAUCGGGAUCAAAGUUACAUUCGUUGCAAGGGAUGGAGUUCCUGGAGGGUUUCGGCAAGAAGAAACAACAGCCCCAACAUUUAAAUAAUCUGUCGUCGAUACAUAUAAAUCCUCUCUCGGCACAAUCCCUCAACAUACACUUGCAUGCUCUAUUUGCGGCUGUGGAACAUGGCCAUUUGGAUAAGGCGAGGACUAUUUUGGAGUCUACCGAUGUAGAUGUAAAUAGCGUUAAUAGCGACGGCUUGUCACCACUGGAUGUUGCUGUACUUAGCAACAACAGGCCGCUGGCAAAAAUGCUGGUUGCGUUCGGUGCGCAGGAAGGAAAUCAAUUUAAGUCUCCGGAGUCCUUGGGAAGUCAUUUGGCGUCAUUACUCUCGGAAGCGGAACACAGAGUUCAAGAACUCGGCGGCGGUACUUCCGGCAGCAGUGCGACUUUAUUGGAGCCACCGAGCAUCCACAGGGCUAGUUUUUCCGCGCAACAUAAUAAUCUCACGGGAUGCAGCGGCAGUACGGAAGACAAGCAGCUUGCCCUAUGGGAAAGAAGAGCCAGGGCCCUCAGAAAAAUGUUAUUGGGUUUCGACCAAGCGCGACCCCCCGACAUGCCGUUUCUGGUUGCGAUCGAUGUUACCGGAACGACUUCGGUAACAAUCAGGUUUCAGGAACCAGACUCGCACGAUUCUCCGAUUUGCACCAAGUUUAAGGUUCAGUGGAGUUUGCACGAUGACUUUUCUGUUAUUUGCGACGAGAGGGAAGUCUUGGACAUGAAGCAGAGAGAAUGUCGUAUCGAGGAUCUAACUCAGGGUCAAAAAUAUUAUUUUCGCGCUGCUGCUGGAAAUUUGAAGGGCUACAGCAGAUUUAGGAAUUCGACACCUGCGCAUGUUACACCUAGCAGUUGGAGGGACAUAGAUGGCAGAGUGCCGAGGUUCGCGGGACGAUUAGAACAAUUAAAUACGCUCUUCACCGAUAUAAGACGACCAGAGUACACGCAAGAGACACCGGCGGUACAGAGGCGAAAUCACAAAAAGAAGACGACGAUAAAACAACUCUUCACAGCGACGAGUAAAUUCCAAAAGAAUCUCAGGCGAGGAGUAUUUCUCGCGUGUCUGCUCUACCACGAAGACAAAGUCCUCGUUACCAACGAGGACUUCUUACCCGUAAUCGAAAUCGACGAGACGUAUCCCAGUUGUAUUUAUAACGAUUUUCAUUGGCUAAUGAAAGUCGCCUGCACCUGGGACGACGUUAAAUCCCUCCGACAAGACAUGGAAAAGAGUCACAGCAGUUCGACGAAUCACUUUAGAAUAAAGUUGCUUCAAGCUGCUGCUCAGAUGCAGGCUGCGCUGUGCAUACAAGAUCUUGGGCAAUUAUAUCACAAACCUGUCAGAGACAUUCAAGGCACUUUGGUAUUUUCGACGGUGAAUUACAUAAAAUCAGCAAAACUGAUUUCCGUAUUAAACAGCCGAUGGUUACCGCUCAGCAAAGUCAUAAAGAAAGUCAUAACGCACGAGGAUAGUAACGUUGCCGAUAUCUUGAUGGCCAGUAUACAAGAACAAAUAACAUAUCAUCAAGUCAGCAGUAUCAAAUUGUCCAAAGGAUUAUACCUCGGUUAUCUAAAGAUGCAGAGCAGCGUGGAUCUCAUACAGGUCGUCGUCCCGACGAAAUCUCCGAAUGUGUUGCCGCACUGCAAGAUUCGCGAUAAUCCACACGUAUCCGCGGACGAGUGGGACUACCUGAAAAGAGUAACGCGCAUCUGCAUGUCCGAUUCUUCCGUGAAGGAGUCCGAAGAGAAGGAGAACGUGACGAACGAGGCUCAAGGCACGGAGCAGCAAAAGUUGUUCGUCGAUCUGGUCGCCGCGACGGCACGACGACUGUUCAAUUAUAUGGAGAUCAGUCCGGAGGAUUCCUUGGUACAUCGACUUUACGACGCCGAGGUGAUCGAGCUGACGUACGACGUAUCGUUUCUCAUCACCGUGCCACCCGCCGAAACCGCUUGUUGCGUGCCAGGGACGCGGGAGAUCCUAUUACAACGCGGUGAUCUCCUGUCGUUGCCCAUUCAGGUCUUUGAGAUGGUGCACCUGAACACGUAUCAAAAAGACGUGAUCAAUCGUUACUCGAGGCUCAGCUGCAUCUUGGAACUGGACACGGCACAGGCCCAGCAUAAUCACAGAGAGGCCUUCAGCUCGUUAGAGUUGAGCGUUGCGAAGGAUAAACUGGCGAGAUUGCAAGACCUCCAGUCGCAAAUGAACACGGUAUGGAAGGGUGCCAGGUGGCUAAUCGACGUUAUAACUUUCGCGAGAGAUCGCGGCUCCUCUCAACAAAACAUUGCGUCGCAAACCGUUGGCAUAUCCAUGAAGCAUCUGCUCAGUUUAGACAGAAACAAGAACAACGCCAGCAACAAUAAUAGUCUAAAGCGAAGUUUGUUACAAUUACCACCUAGAGAUCCUAAGCUCGUUAAAUCGAGCCCCGGCCGAGGUAGCUGGCCGGGACCGAAUCUAUCCAAUUCCGCUUCGAAUCUUCUCACAACGGAAUUCAGCAAGAGCGAACAACAGCUGCCCAGCGGACAAUACGUACGCAAGGGUAGCAACACCUCGAAUGCCUCGACGACGUCGGAACCGCAGAAAUCAUUGUGCGUGCCGAUGAGCAGCAACAGCAAUCUAAGCAAUCUGACCGCGAGCAGCACCAAUCAUCUGAUGCCGCUGCAAAAUACGCGGCUGCCGCCCUCCAAGUCCGAGGACACUCUAAUCCUCACCAAGUACAAACAUAGCCCGCGAAAUCGCUCCGCCACGAUAACUACUUCGGCAUCAGCCAGCACUAGUCCGCUAAUGAGCAUUAAGCCCAUCCUUUACGGCGGCUCGCUAUUGAGUGUCUCCACGGCGAUGACAAACACCACGAGUCUGCUUAGCGUAUCUGUGAGCAACACCAAUUCCGACAGUCUACAUUCGUUGAGCAGCGAGGACAACUCUACGACGAACUCGAGCGUCUGCUUGAAAGCCGGUCAUUCGGUCAAAGUUAAAACGUCCAAACCGACUGCGAGCGUCGCGGCGAUGGCCACCGUUCCACAGGAUAAUUUAGACGAGGAGAAGGAGGAGGCGACAAUGAUGCCGGCACCUCUGCCAGGCAUUCUUCAAGUUUACGCGGCCUACGAGACUGGCUUAGCAGCUGGCACCAGUUUGAAAUUACACGUAACACCAAGGACUACAGCACGCGAAGUUGUGGAACUUGUUGUUAAACAGUUAAACAUGGCGGUGGUUCUAAAAGGUCAAAAUGGGCCUACCUAUACGAUCGAUGAGCUACCAAAUUUCUGCUUAGUUGCCGUAAUCGGUGCGCGGGAACGUUGCUUAAGGGACGAUUUUAAGCCGCUUCAAUUGCAAAAUCCAUGGAAAAAGGGACGACUAUAUGUCAGACAGAAACAAGACGUUCUUGCUGCUCUUGAGCACAGUAGUAAGCAUACCGCGUACUUAUAGCACAAAUAAAGCGCUAGUUUUGAAUGGGAAGAAAGAGAGAGAAAAAGUUAAUGAUUUAUUGUCUACUAUUGUGUUAAUUAAAUUUCGAUACAUGCAUGCAUAAACGCGUGUGUAACUUCUUAAUAACGAUUAUGAACAGAAUAUUUCACGUAAAACGACUUGGGUCGUACAUCUUCAACGGCACUACCAAUAAGGAAAAAUAUUUCAGUGAAUAAGUGGGAAUAAUUAUUUAAAAGAAAAUAAUAUUUUUUUAAAUUACAUAACGCCCCACACAUAAGCCAAAAAUAUUUUUUCUCUAAAUUUUUUUUCAACUUAUGAUACAUUCUAAUGCAUGUAACUGAGUCACAUUAUGUGAAAGAAUCAAUUUAUUUUAUUCGCGCAAUAAAGAAUGCUUGGCCUCUUAAAUAAAUAAUUUUAGACACUAGACAAUAGAUUUAACAAGCUUUUUAAAAAUUACUUU